UUGUAAACAGCAGUUUCUGCUAACCGUAUACAUUUUUAUCAUUAGAUUCGGUACUGUCAGCCAAUGAAUAUUAUUAGCAAACAGCAAAAUGGAAUGUAUCCGAAUUCUAUCGUGGACGAAGAGUGGGAAUAUUUGGAUCCAACUCCUGACAUUCACGUCUUAUUCCUCGAGUUUGAUGACCGUUUCUUUGGUGGCAAACUGAAAAGUGUGGUUGUAAAAUGGAGCCCAAGGAUGACUGUUUGUGCUGGUCUAUGCCGGUAUGAAGGUAGAAGAUCUGGGCAUUGUUCCAUUAGCCUUAGUGUUCCACUUUUAAAAUUGAGACCAAGAAAGGAUCUGGUUGAAACUCUUCUGCAUGAAAUGAUACAUGCCUUCCUGUUCCUAACCAACAAUAAUAGAGAUAGGGAUGGCCAUGGCCCGGAAUUUCAGUACCACAUGCACAGAAUCAACCAAGAAAGUGGAACCAAAAUCACAAUUUAUCACAGUUUCCAUGAUGAAGUCAAACUCUACAAACAGCACUGGUGGAAGUGUAAUGGCCCUUGUCAACAUAGGCCUCCAUUUCAUGGUCUUGUGAAGCGCUCAAUGAAUAGGGCACCAGGUCCUAAUGAUAUCUGGUGGGCUCAACAUCAGGCCACUUGUGGUGGUUCCUAUGUAAAAAUCAAAGAACCUGAAGGCUAUGGUGUCAAAAAGAAAAAAAAAAUAGAUGAGAAUAAAGCAGGACCAGACUCCAAAAAGCAAAAAAUGGAAAUGCCGUCGGGUUCACGUGAUAUACGUGGCUUUCUAGCUUCUCCUACCUCAGGCCCUUCAACUAAUAAAGCAUUAGCGGCUGCUGCGAAUGUCGCAAAUCCUCUGCCAAAACUACAGUCGAACACCACGAAAGGGAAAUCGACAACUGGAUUUUCGGGCAAAAAAGCAAGUCCUGCCAAGGGCAAACCGAUAUCUGGAUAUUUUGGCACACCCAGCAAUCCUAGUAAAGGAAAAACAGUUACAGGCUUCGUAGGGAUGGUAAAAAACAAAGGCAGUUCGACCGUAACCAUUACAUCAGCGUCCUCUGGAUCAGCAAAAACAGUCAAACCGGAAGAUGCGAGACCGACGCAAGGAGGCAUCGUAUCUAAGCCAACAUCUUUGUCAUCUUUUAUUCCUUUCACUGGGCAAGGAAAUCUUUUAGGUGGUUGUCCACAAAAAAUUAGUAUUCCGUCCACGUCCGGAGCUAAACAAUCAACGUCAUCCAUCACAAAGGAAACUGCCAAGGUCGUUGAGAUAGUCCUAGACGACAGUCACAACGACGACAGCCCCGAAGAGAAACAAGUACCUUGUCCCAUUUGUCAAUCGUUUGUCGCCCUUAGUCAAAUCAACACUCAUUUAGAUUCAUGUUUGAAGUGACCUCGAUACGUGCAGUCCAUUCGUUUAUUUCUAUUGCCGAAAUUUCACAUUGCUCAAAGUGUAUUUAAUACGGAAAAAAAAAUAUUAUGCAAUGUUUUUAGCUUUUUUCGAAA